AAAUUACACAUCACAAAAUGUUUUGUGAGCAGUGAGUACACGCUGGCAGAGGAACACAUUCUAAAAUGGGAUUCUUGGAAGCUUUUCUCCGGGCGGAUAUCUACGUACACCUGCUGGGGGCUGUGGUCGUCCUAGUAGUGGUCUACGUUGCUUCAUCCACUUUAAACUCCAGUCAGGGUGGCAAUGACCCCCCGGGACCACGACCGUUUCCUGUGCUGGGAAACUUAUUGCAAUUGGACCUGAAGAGACCCUACAACACGUUAGUGGAGCUCUCCAAGAAGUAUGGCCCCGUGUUCACCAUCUACCUUGGGUCCAAGAAGGUGGUGGUUCUGGCCGGCUACAAGACGAUUAAGGAGGCACUGGUCAACCACGCGGAUGAGUUUGGAGAACGCGACGUCUUACGACUGGUGACGCAAUACAACAAAGGACAUGGCGUCUUAUGGAGCAAUGGAGACUCCUGGAAGGAGAUGAGACGCUUCACUCUCACCAACCUGAGAGACUUUGGAAUGGGCAGGAAGGUGUGUGAAGACAAGAUCAUUGAGGAAUGUCAACACCUCAUGGAUGUUAUCAGGAAGUUCCACGGAGAGUCCUUUGACACCACUCAGCCAAUCAACUAUGCAGUCUCAAACAUCAUCUGCUCCAUCGUUUACGGAAGCAGGUUCGAAUAUGACGACCCCGAGUUCACAGCCAUGGUGGAUGGAAUGAACCGGAAAAUCCAGCUUGCUGGCUCCCCGUCAGCUCAGGUCUUCAACAUGUUCCCGUGGCUGGGCAAGAGGCUGCAGCAGAACAAGGAAUUUUUCAGACUGACCGAGGACUACAGCAGGAAGAAUCUGGAAAUAUUUAGUCGUUUGAAAAAAAGCCUCAACCCGCUGAUGUGCAGAAGCCUGGUGGAUGCCUUCUUUGUCCGCAAGCAACAGCUGGAGGAGUCUGGCAGCAGCAACAGUCACUUCCAUGAUGAAAACUUAAUGUGGACGGUCCAGAACCUCUUUGCCGCCGGUACCGACACCACAGCCACCACACUGAGGUGGGCUCUUCUCCUCAUGGCCAAGUAUCCAAACAUCCAAGAGCAGGUCCGUGAGGAACUGCACAACGUAAUCGGGAAUCGGCAGGUCCAGGUGGAGGACAGGAAGAACCUGCCUUUUACGGACGCCGUCAUCCACGAAACCCAAAGGGUGGCUAACAUCGUCCCCAUGGCGCUUCCUCACAGGACUAGCCGGGACGUCACCUUCCGGGGUCACUUCAUCAAGAAGGGGACCGCCAUCUAUGUCCUCCUCAUGUCCGUCCUCUACGACGAGGACGAGUGGGAGAAGCCACGAUCCUUCCAUCCCGCCCACUUCCUGGACAAAGACGGGAAGUUUGUCAUGCGAGAUGCUUUCAUGCCCUUCUCUGCAGGUCGUAGGGUCUGCUUGGGAGAAAGUCUGGCCCGCAUGGAACUCUUCAUCUUCUUCUCCACACUCCUGCAGCACUUCCGCUUCAGUCCUCCCCCGGGCGUCUCUGAGGACCACCUAGACCUAACCCCACGUGUGGGAUUCACGCUCAGCCCCACUGACCACCAGCUGCGAGCGCUGUGUUACUUGGGAGCUGAAUAGUAGUGAUUCAUGUAGUGUUUUUUGUAGCUUUGUAUGUUGUACUUCAUGUAGUGCCUUACGUAGUGCUUUACAAAGUGUUUCAUGCAACACUUUCUGUAGUGUUUCAUGCAGAGUUCCAUGUAGUGUUUAAUUAAGAACUGAUUUUCAUUUGCAACACUGAUGUAGCAAAGAGGCAGCACUUACAUGUUAGAGAUGUUGAAGUGUGAUCAUAAUCUCUCAUUGUCCCUCAUAUACCAACAUAAAUCAGCUCUGUAGAUUGCUCUCAACAGUUCACAAAUGCUCCUGAAGUACGGGGUUAGAUGUUUUGGAACAUGAAUGAAUGUUUAAGAUGGACAAACACUUUUCAAGUGUAAAACAAACACGGAGAAUGUCUGCAACUUGUGGAUGACAGAGCAGACAGCAAAAAGGACACUUUUGGUGGGGUUUCUGAGGACCACCUAGACCCGACCCCAUGUGUGGGAUUCACGCUCAGUGCCACUGACCACCAGCUGCGAGCGCGCUGCUGCUUGGGAACUGAAUAGUAAUGAUACAUGUAGUGUUUUUUGUAGCUUUGUAUGUAGUGCCUUAUGUAGUGCUUCACAAAGUGUUUCAUGCAACAUUUUCUGCAGUGUUUCAUGUAGCGUUUCAUGUAGUGUUUAACAUACCGCUUUAUGCAGCA